UAUUUUUUUACCGAUAGGGUUGCUUGUCUUUCACCGAACCGUAUAGCUCUUUCAAUACUAUGGCAUUUGUUUACGAAUUGAAAUGUGAAAUAAUACAAUGUAUAUUGAAGUUGGCGUUUACGGUCGUGUGUAUGAAAUGUUGAUAUUUAUCCGCCAUUAAAGUGAUUUGAUUUUUUAGGAGCUAAAGUGUUUCAACAGUGAAUGCAAUAACGAUUCAUUGAAUUAAAACAAACAUCACAUUUGAAAAUAAAUUAAAAAAGAAAUAAAAAAAUUUACAAAAAUUUCGAAAUUACUUUUUUAUCGAAAUCUAUAAAUAAUUGAUACUUGGUGUUAGUGUAAGAAAAUCGGUGAAAAAAAAAACAUGUCGCGAUCAGUACGUGCUGAGACCAGAAGCCGAGCCAAAGAUGAUAUUAAAAGAGUUAUGCAAGCUGUCGAUAAAGUGAGACAUUGGGAGAAAAAGUGGGUAACAAUCGGUGAUACCACGAUGAAAAUCUACAAAUGGGUGCCAAUAUCGAGUAGCGAGCAAAAGAAAAAACAUUUAAAAAACACUGCAACCAUCCUAACGAAUGACAACAAAGAGAAUAGCAGCAAAACAUCACCUGCAUUGGAACUAAACGGUGGCGGAGUUGGAGGUGGCAGUGCGAAUGCAACACAAAAUUUUGGCCUAUCGGCCGAAGACUCAAAUACAUGUUUCUCAAUUGUGAGUGAUUCACAGGGCGGUACGGAGUUUGUAUCGUCUGGCCCACCAUUUUCAGAGGAUUCAAAUUCACAGGACGAUGGACCAACACCGUCCAAACGACUGCUCACCAAAUAAAAUUCACCAUAACAACAGCAUCAUCAUCGGAUUCACAUUUAUUUAUUUCCUAUUUGUACAUUUACAAGUAGCCAUUUUUUGGGCGCUUGGCGUUUAUUUUUUUAACGCCAUAGAUUGAUGGACAAUUCGGACAAUUUUCGUGAAAAUACCAUUUACAUUUCAACUCUCUAUAAAAAAUGCGAAAACAACACAACAAAAUCAACAACAACUACUACAAUACUACUACCCUUAAUUUAUAGUUAUUAUUUUUUUUCGUUUCUCAAUCGUAAGCAAGAAAUGUAUAUACUGUAAGAGAUUUUACGAGUAAAGAUUUUUUUUAAAUUUA